AUGUUUACAGAAAACUGUCUUUUAUAUGGCUUAAUUCAAUUCGACAAACCGGAAGAAGCUAACAGGAAGAAAUUUCUUUUGACGGCAAUCGAAUUUUACGAAGAAAAAGUAAAAAAUGAAAAUGAUCCGUUGACUUCAGCUCAAUCGUAUGUAAAUAUUGGACAUUGGCAUUUACUGUUAAAUGAUUAUAGCAAAGCUCUCUCCGCUUAUCAAGCUGCUUAUGCGCUUCGUACAAAAUUAAAUCAAAGUCCUGAAUUAUUGUUUGGUCUCGGCAUUGUUUAUGCAUAUUUUGGAUCAAAUAAUCAGUAUGUAUACUCCCUAUAUACACACAAUGCAAUCCGUGCAUUUCAACAAGUAUUAUAUACAGAUUCAAAUUUUCCACGUCGUGCAGAAGUUCAUAUUCGUCUCGGUUUUAUUUAUAAACAAUUACUUGACUAUCGAUCAAGUUUAAAACAUUUUUUACGUUCAUAUAAUGAUUCAACUUUAGCUAAUGGUUGUACGUUGAGUAAAAAAGAAAUUUUAUUUUUUAUUGGACGUUUGUACGAAAUACAAGGUGAUAUACAAGAAGCACACGACACAUAUGAAAAAUUAGUAUCAACAUUUGUUCCUGCAGAACAGGCUACAUUAUCAUCGAACGGUGAACAACGCAACGAACAUAAAUUAGAAGCAAAAGUAUUAAGACAAUUGGGUUGGCUAUAUUAUUAUCAUACGGGUGAUUUACAGUUAGGAUACGAUAAAGAACAACGUUUAAAAAAAGCAAUUCAGUCAUUAGAAACAUCUAUUAAAUACGAUAAUACGUGUGGAAUAUCAUUUUAUUAUUUGGGACGAUGUUAUGCCGCAUGCAAAAAACAUACUGAAGCUUUUUUCACCUAUAGAAAUUGUGUCGAUAAAUUAGAUCAAAAUGCCGAUGUUUGGUGUUCAAUUGGAGUCCUUUAUCAGCAUCAAAAUCAAACAAUGGAUGCUUUACAAGCUUUCGUGUGUGCAAUACAAAUCGACAAUAAACACUCGACAGCAUGGAUGGAUUUAGGAAUAUUAUAUGAAGCAUCCAGUCAACCACAAGAUGCUCUAUCGUGUUAUUUAAAAGCAGUUAAAGAAAAAGACGAUUCUAGCAAUUCUGAACUUCGUUUACGUAUAACACAAUUACAAACAUUUUUAAACCAAAUUCCUGAUACAAUCCUUUCUAAGCAAACGCGUGGUCCAUUACCCAAAAUUGACGAAGCAUUUACAUUACCAAUUCCAGCAGAACUUACAGCGAAACAACAACAAAUACAACAAAACUCAGUUUGUCAAUCACUUCAACAACCUACACAAGCAAUAGCUAAUUCUUCCACUACAAAUCCCUCAUCUGAAUCAAUUUUUAACAGUAGCCAUCUUCAUCCACCUCUUAUUGCUCAGCCACAAUCUACAUCCAUGAUGAUGAAUUCUAACAGUACAGAUUCAAAUACCAUCGAUUUAUUACAAACUUCAAAAAAUCCAAAACGUUUGAAAACUAGUGAUGAAGCGUCUGAACAAACAUUACCAAAUGAGACAAAAAUUUCUGCACCUCAACAAAAUUUAGAUUCCAUUCGUAUCGAUAAAAAACUAUUGAAUUCUGAUUUACAUAAAGAUGAACGUUUGAAACGAGCUCAACUCGAUCAGCAAGCUCCAUCAAUUCCAUACAGUGAUAUUACAUCUUAUGAAUUAACAAAACUAAUUAAAAACUAUGCAUCUACAUAUCCACCAUCUCAAGUGAGUUAUUUACCUGAUGGACGUAUUCCAGUUCCACCUCCACCUCCGUUGCCACCAUUAACAAAAGAUCAACUAAAUCCUCCUACACCAUCUGUUCUCCUCGAAACGCGUCGUGAAGCAACAUCACCUCAAUUACAACAAUAUUGUCUCUCACAACCAAUUACUGUUAUCCGUGGUCUAGCCAAUGUUCUCAAAUUAGAUUUAGGUUUAUUUUCAACAAAGACACUAGUUGAAAUGCAUCCGGAACAUCAGAUUGAAGUAAGAACACAACGUCAACAACCAUCGGAUGAAAAUGUAGAUCAAACAGUGACAACAUAUAAAAAAAACAUUUGGAAAUGUGAAUCAAAUCGAUCUUAUACAACAAUUUUGAAGUAUGCACAAUAUCAGGCAUAUUCUUAUCAUGAAAUGAUUAAAGACGAACAACAGCAUGAUACAUCACUACCCUAUGCAGAACAAAAUCAAACGUCGUUGAAUAUGCUUGUCAAUGGAAAUAAAACUAAACAAAAUAAACAAAUAAAUGGCAAUGGUCUUCAUUCAACAUCAUCAUUAUCUGAUCCUCAACAAUAUAAACGUGCAUUGCGCACAAUUAAAUUCGGUACAAAUGUUGAUUUAUCCGAUGAACGUAAAUGGUCAUUACAGUUACAAGAAUUAGCAAAAUUACCAUUAUUUAUGAGAGUUGUAUCGGCUGGAAAUAUCCUAUCACAUGUUGGAUAUACAAUUUUAGGAAUGAACAGUGUUCAAUUGUAUAUGAAGGUUCCCGGAAGUCGAACACCUGGUCAUCAAGAAAAUAAUAAUUUUUGUUCAGUUAAUAUGAAUAUAGGACCGGGUGAUUGUGAAUGGUUUGGAAUAUCAAAUGAAUAUUGGGGUGUUAUUAAUCAAUUGUGUGAAAAGAAUGGUACCAACUUUUUAACAGGAUCAUGGUGGCCAAUUUUAGAUGAUUUAUAUGAAGCAAAUGUACCAGUCUAUAGAUUUUUACAAAAACCAGGUGAUCUUGUUUGGGUAAAUUGUGGUUGUAUUCAUUGGGUUCAAUCUGUUGGCUGGUGUAAUAAUAUUGCAUGGAAUGUUGGUCCAUUGACACAUCAACAAUAUACAAUUUCAAUCGAACGUUAUGAAUGGAAUAAAUUGUGUCAAGUAAAAUCAAUAGUUCCAAUGAUUCAUUUAACAUGGAAUAUAGCACGAAAUAUUCGUAUUAACGAUAAAAAACUAUACGAUAUUAUUAAAUAUAUUUUAUUUCAAUCAUUAAAAUAUAUUCAAUUAUGUUUACAAUAUUUAGAUUUAAAUUUUGGUCAAACAAUUGAAUUACGAAAACAAUUACGACAAAUACAAGAGCCAGCUCAUUAUUGUAUUAAUUGUGAAAUUGAAGUAUUCAAUAUUUUAUUUGUUAGUGAACAAGAUCGAAAACAUGUUGUACGAUGUCUCGAUUGUGCUUUACAAUUAGAUAAAAAUUUAGAAAAUUUUGUUGUUCUUUAUCAAUUUUCAAUAGAUGAUUUAAAAACUAUCUAUGAUCAAUUUCAAUUAUAUGUAUUGCCUACUUUUACACCGAGAAUACCAUUAUCAUUACCAGCGCCAUCACAAUCACACAAUCCUUCAUCAUCAACAACAACAACAACAACAACAACAACUUAA